UUGUCGAUCUAGCCUCCUUUCAGUCUUGGUCCGUUCAAGGUAUGUGUUUUAAUGUGGUUUUUCGUUAAAUACUAGUUUACUGCUGGUGAAAUUUGCAGACUAUUAACUGGAAACUGUACUUUAAUAUACCCGCUUUCAUCAUGACGUCCAAAAUCAUAAAGCCAGGUGGGGCUGAGCCCGACGCAUUCGAAAAUCAGGUUUCGCAAGCUCUACUCGAGCUCGAGUUGAACUCGGACUUGAAAUCGCAGCUCCGUGAGCUUCAUAUAACGAAAGCCAGGGAAAUUGAAUUAAAUCAGAAGAAGUCGAUAAUCAUCUAUGUGCCGAUUCCCAAGCUGAAGCAAUUCCAAAAGAUCCAAAUCCGUUUGGUCCGUGAACUGGAAAAGAAGUUCAGCGGCAAGCAUGUGGUCUUUGUGGGCGAACGAAAAAUUCUCCCCAAACCUACACGUAAAACCAGAUUGCGAAACAAGCAGAAACGUCCACGUUCUAGAACUCUGACUGCUGUCUACGAUGCUAUUCUGGAAGACCUCGUUUAUCCUGCCGAAAUUGUUGGCAAGAGGAUCCGAGUGAAACUCGAUGGAUCGUCGCUUAUUAAAGUCCAUCUGGAUAAGACUCAACAGACAACAGUUGAACACAAGGUGGACACUUUUACUUCCGUUUACAAAAAAUUGACGGGCAGGGAAGUUACUUUUGAAUUUCCUGAAUCGUAUUUGUAAGAUGUGACUUAAUACAUACAGGUGUUAAGUAAGGAA